CUGGAUGCUGGAUUCUGGAUGCUGGAUUCUGGAUGCCGGCUCUACUGUGUUGCCUCUCUAACUUGUGUGCACCGCAGCUUAGAGGAGUCCUGUCCGGCUCUGCGACGCCAUCUAGCGGCAGUCAGCGGUAUAAUGAGUGCCUGCUCUUUCUCUCCGUUUGGCUCCUUCCGUAGCUACUUGCAAAAGAGGUUUGUUUGAUUUCCUUUCUCAGUGUCGCCGUCAUUUGGCAGGACCAAAUGAUGGCACAGCAACACCUUUUCAAGUCAAUUGUGAAACCGUGAAAAUAUGUGUGGAAAUGUUGUCAUUGUUGUGUAGUAAAGUGUGCAUGUUUAUUUCCGGUGCUCAAUAACGAGGCUUCCACGUCGCCCUGUUGUUCGUGUCAUUUUACAUGGCUGAUUGGUGAGGAUCCAGAUAUGCUCACAUUAUUCUCCCCUCUCCUCUCCUCUGCUGUGUUCGGCAAAAGAGCGCCCAACCGGAGAGAAAGAGAGAGAGACUCCUGGAAUGAGCCAAGCAUCUGAGGUGAGAGACAUUAUUCUACUCUACGAGGCUCAACUGCGGUUGCUCAGCAUUGUUUAACGCUCCUUCCUCACAUGUGGAUAAUGUGGAUAGAUCAUUGGAUUUACAUUAGAAUUACUAUUGCAUUUUCUUCUUUUGAACGUAUUUGAACUGUUUUAAAUUGACACAAGUGCUCCAGAAUCUACCCAUUAUGUGUAAUAAAAUAGAAAUGUAAAAAAUGAAUAUAUCACGGUGUAUAUUUCUUGAAUUGACAUUGGCAAAAAUUGGUGUUGGCAAAAAUACACUUGGAGUAUGUAUAUGGAGUAUAUGCAGGAGUAUAUGCAGGAGUAUAUGCAGGAGUACAUGGAGUAUGUUAAUAGCAUACACAUGGUCCUGCCGGCAGGGAAAGAGGGGGGCGGUGUUAACAUAAGCCAGCGUCUCUCUUAAAAAAAUGGAAGUUUCUUGUUGUAUUCUGGAAUGAGGUCAGACACGAGGCUCCUCAUUGCACGCGCUGAUUAUUAUUAGAUUCUAUUUUGGACCAAUCGGCGUCGAGGUGGGCGUUGUUUUGGCGCCGAAGCAGGCUAGCGACAGCCUCCCAUUGGCUUAUUUUUUAUCACCGCUGUAUCCGUGGAAGGGAUAAAUGCAUGCAAAGGUAGACGGGACCGGAGGGCUGCUUGAAACUCUGCUACAAGUCUACAGAUGGAGGGAGGACUGUGUCGUUCACUCUAGGCUCCCUUUCCCCCAUUUCCGCCCUCAGCACGCAUGGCUUUUGUCUCGAGGAGAGGGGACUCGGGCCGAUGCAGAGAAAAGCACGUCUAGCCUUUUGUAGCGGCGGCCACUCGGGCUGCAGCCGGCAUCAGACUGUGUGCGCCGCCUUAUUGAUUUGUGCCACGCCGGAGGAGGAGACUCAUUGAUCAGACACUCAAAAGACUGGGAGUUACACUUUGUGUUAUUUGAUGGCCACACUGGACUGAGCAUUUGAACACUCGAUUCCAAACAUCACGGGAGUGACAUUUGUUCAUUUGAAGUCAACUCCCACUCGGAGAGGACAAAAAGCUGAGUUUCCUUCCAAGUGCGCGGAGAAGAGAGGCAGCAUGGUGCAGAAGAUGAGCCACACCGAGAGCACAGCCGAGGCGCUUUCCUCCUUCUUCGGCGGGGAUUCGAGCUCCGGGGCGUGCAUGGAUUUGGACCCGGCUGUCUCGCCUCUCUCCCCGGGCUCCACGGCCUCCUCGACCGCCGGGGACAAGCUUGGAGACAACCCGGCGUGGUGCAAAACUCCAAGCGGCCACAUUAAAAGACCCAUGAACGCCUUCAUGGUGUGGUCCCAAAUCGAGAGAAGGAAGAUUAUGGAGCAGUCUCCGGACAUGCACAACGCCGAGAUCUCCAAGCGGCUGGGGAAGCGAUGGAAGCUCCUCAGAGACAGCGACAAGAUCCCCUUCAUCCGGGAGGCGGAGCGGUUGAGGCUCAAGCACAUGGCGGACUACCCCGACUACAAGUACCGGCCCAGGAAGAAGGUGAAAUCGAGCACUUCCAAGCCGGGGAGUGGCGGGGAGAAGGGGGAGAAAGUUAACCCGAACAGCACCAGCACUAAGUCGUCGUCAUGUUCGCGGAAGAACGGAUCCAAAUCACCCAGCAGCAGCAGCAGCAGCAGCAGCGGCAGCAAAGCCCAUAAAUCACUUUUCGGCAGCAGCAGCGCCACCAAAGCCCCACCGUUGAACUCUGAGCAGCCGGCCGAGCACCACCACAACUCCCUCUACAAGUCCAAGUCGACAGCCAAGCAGGUACCGGAGGGAAGGAGGGCCAAGCGGGUGUACCACGUCUACGGGGGCGGCUUGAGCGUCAGCCCCGCGUCUUCGGUCGCGGUCCCGGCCAGCCCCACGCUGAGCAGCUCGGCGGACUCCAGCGACCCGCUCAGCCUGUACGAGGACACGGCGAGCGGCAGGGAGGAGGGCGGCGAGUCCCCGGGCAGCGGCAGCGGCAGCCUGGGCGGGUCCUCACACAGCAGUCGGCGGGCUUCCUCGCCGACACCCUCCGGCUCUCACUGCUCCGCCUCCUCGUCGUCGUCGUCGUCCUCCGAGGACGAAGAGUUCGAGGACGACUUGCUCGACAUGAACCCGAGCCCCAACUUUGACAGCAUGUCGCUGGGGAGCUUCGGCUCCUCGGUGCUGGACAGGGACUUGGAUUUGAACUUUGAGUCCGGCUCCGGCGGCUCCCACUUCGAGUUCCCCGACUACUGCACGCCUGAAGUCAGCGAAAUGAUUUCCGGGGACUGGCUGGAGUCCACCAUUUCCAACCUGGUGUUCACGUACUGACGACGGAGCGGGGCACGCCGACAACCACACACAGCCCCCGGGGUUCCGGACAGGAGCGGGCGGCCACUUCCUGCAUUGUCUCCGAACUAGCAGACAGGCAAGAACCCACUCGAACUGGCGCCCGGUGUCGCUUCUCGGCUGCGAGUGCUUCGAAAGCUCAACUUUUAAAGUGGAAAAAGAGCCUUUUGACGGGCAACUUCGCUCGGGAUGUGCGGACGCGGAGGGCUGAAUCACAGGCCGGCAUGGAGGGGCGCGAGGCGGGAGGGAAGGGAAGAAAUGUGACACCGGUUGGGUUUCCUGUCGAGGGCCCGCUCGGUGGCGAACCGGUUGACCCGAACAACUUUACUGUGAUUGAUUUGCACGUUAUGCGGUCCGCCGUUCACUUAAUCAAUGUUGUUGCUGAUUGAUUUCUAAAGGGACGUUUCUCACAGCUUUUUACCGAUUUGCCAAGUGACUUUCACCACUAAAGGUACACGACUUGCUAUCAUUUUUUACCGUGGUGUGUCACCGAGGGAUUUUUUAAAAUGAAAAGAGGUGGGUUGAUGUUUUUUUAUUUUUUUAUUUUUCUCAAAUGCAAAAAAAAAACAAAAACAAAGAAAGAAAAGAAGAAAAAAGUGAAGCAUGAUAGCCUACUCUGUUCCUAUCUUGUGCUAACAUUUGAUGUGAGGCUGCCAAAGCAGUUCCAAUCUAGUAUUAGGGUUAUUUCAACAAAUAGGUAGCCUCUUUCACUUUCUACCACAAAAGGACGCUGAAAUAAUCACCAGCUGUUUUAAUAUUUCAAACUUCAGGAUUCAAACGCAACUACAAAUCAGUGCUGAACUUUAUACUUGUGUUCUUUACUCUUCAGGACCAAAUUGAUCAUUUUUAGAUAAAGGCUUCACUGUUUUGUUUUGUACAUUUUGUACGGGAUCUUGUAUUUCUAUACGGGGCCGAACAUUCAAAAGUCCUGGUUUGUUUUUCCUCAGCUAUUUGUCAGUCUGUCAUGUUUUCUUCUCAGGCGAAGGGCUAGACUUUGAAAAACACACAACUUUCAUUUCUUUUUGAUAUUGCAAUGGACACACUUUUGGACACGUAAAAGAUAGGAAACAGUUUGAUUUAUUUUCUCAGUGUAUUUUUGUACAAAUCUAUAUGGAGAGGGAGGAGUCAACCGCGGGGGUGUGUAGCCUCGCCUACUCAUUCCGCUGCGUUGGCUUUCCUGACUUUAAAACCUUGAUGGCUGGUUUUCAUGCUGCUUUCACGUGCUGUCGGAACGCUCACGCUCGCUCUUUUGUUGACUUGCCCGUUCACAUCCAGCCAGCCGAACGACCGUAGUACACUGUGGCGGUCAUUCGCUGGCGUGGGAUCGAUCACUCAUUUGGCUAUUUUUUGAAGCAUCACCAGCAAUCACUCGGAAGAGUCCAUGAUGUCGAAUUUGAAACGUAUCCCAAUCUGAUAUGGUGGAUUUGGCUUGACCAUUAUGGUAUGCAGUGUACACGUGAUGCCGAUUUCCCCAAUAGCACAUGAAGGCAGCACCAGUCUUUGUGUCAGACUACCUUCUACGUUUACAGUGGCCGUCACGUGAACUGAUUAUUGCCAGAGGCCGUUCCUGUGGAGUAUUGCUUUUAACAGUCGCUCUCUGGAGCCGCCGCUCCGUUCCUCAACAUUUCUCUCUGAUAUCUUGCCUACAAAAACAAAGGAGGAGAUUGUAGCUUUAAAUCGGACUUACCGCUUGAUGUUUUCAUGAACCGAUGUCAAAGUCGUCCACCAGCCGCUGGAUGGGAGAGGCUAUCUUUUUAGAAAGCAAACAAGGAUGACAACAUCAAGCUAUUCAAAUUGCUGACUUGAGUUCCGCAACAUCUACUUGUACUGCGUUUCUCAUUGUAUUUGAAUAUAUAAUCUUUUCUACUUGUUGGCUAACUAUUAGAUAAUAAUUGUUUAGUAACUUUAUGGCAUGGUGAAUAGCAUUUGUACUUCGGAUUCAGGUUACUUAGUUGUUGUGUUUUUCAGAAAAAAAUGAGGAAAAAUGAUACUCAAUCUUUGUAUAUUUGACUGUAUCAUAAAGCAAAAGAUUGUGUGUUUAUGUAUGUUGUUACUCUCAAGGACAGGCACUGUCUAGAACGACUAUCUUUUACACAUCCUUACUUACACUCGAGGUGGUCAGUUCAGGACUGUUUUUUAUACAUAUAUAUCAAAGCCUUUUUAAAUAUAUUAACUUUAUUUUUCAUCCAUCCUGUGCAAUAUGCUGUGUAGAAUGAUCAUGUAUUGUCUCUAAUCAUGCCAUAAACAAAGGAACCACCUUUUUUGAGACUCAGAGAAAGGGAGAGAACUCAUGCCAGCUAAAUCGUGUCCAUUCACUGCCUGUCAGAUUGAUGAUAGAACCUUGUGUACAGAACUUUUUCAUGGAAGGAAAUAAAUAUCAGCUGGAACUGAAGCUCUAAAACUA